AUGGGCAUAGCCUCCAAGACCAUCAGGAGAUCCUUACAUGCCUUCUUCCGGAGCUACCAGGCCUUCGCCUCGGCCGCUGCUCUCCUGGUCUUCCCCGCCUCGGCCGCCACCCUCCUGGCGCAGUCACUCGACCUCUCUUCCCCCGUCCUCCGAACGAUCUCCUCGCGCCUCGCGUUCCUGUUCGACGCCGCCGGGUUCCCUCCGUCCCGCUUCUUCUCCCUCGUCAACAUCAAGCUCUCGCAGUCCAUCUUCACCUUCGUCUCUACUCUCCCUUUCACCCUCACGUUCUUGGUCGCAGCUAAAGCAUCCGUUUACCGGCUUGCGUUCUCCAUCGUCAUCUCCGUCACAGACGGUAGCGGCGGGCAUCUCUCGAUUCUUAAAGCCCUCGUGCUUGUGAAAGGCAGAACGGCGACAGCCAUGACGCUGACGCUGCCUGCAAGUCUGGGAAUGGCGGGCAUCGAAGCACUGUUUCAGUACAGGGUGAUACGGCCAUACCGCGUGGGUGGCACAUUGCAUGUUUCAGUCAUCUGGGAAGCGUUCUCGAUCAUUUGCAUGCACUCCCUCCUCGUCGUCCUCGAUACAAUUAUCACCUGCACUUUCCUCGAGAGCUGCCAGUCUGGUAUUCGAUCGAGCUGGAGAAAGAGUGACGAUGCAGUAGAUAUGGCGUCAGAACCAAAGUUUUCUUUGCAUGUUUGA